GUGUGCCACGCUGGGAAUACCUCUCUUCUCCCUGAAGAAAAAGAUUAGCUACUUUAUAAAAACUCUCAAACCAGAGACACACGUAACCAGGCAUGUCCUCAUUUUGUGCAAUAUUUAUGUAACUUUGUCUUGUACCAUCAAUUCAGAAUUAGCUGCUAGAUCAUGUGUGGAAUUUGUGCAAUGUUUGCUGACCGAUCCUAAGAGGAAAUGCCGUUCCAGUGCUUUCAGAAACACACCCUGAACAAAGCCAGGCUCUCCGAUUCCUUAAACAGCCAGCGCUGGAGAUUCUUGCGAAGCGGCCUGGAUGAUUUCAGAGUGGGCCUUCCUCCUCCAAGCAACGACAUCAUCAUUCAGCCCACAAAGGGGCCCACCCCUAUUCUUCUCCGAACUAAAUCCGAGGGCCUGCGCAAGACCCGGCGAAGAACUAAAAAGAUGUCCCUCGUGUCCAAGAGCUGCCACUCCCAACUCAGUCCGAUGCUGCAAGCCGGGAAGGAGACUGUUGCUCAGACCGAGUACUGCCUCAGCCAACACCCCUUGGCGCUCUAUCCUCACCUGGCAGAAAGCAUCCCACUGGAGCUCUUCCAGGAAAUCGUAGGCAUCUUGGAUCCCGAGAUGCUUCCGCUCAGUGAAGAAGAGGCUGCCAAUAUGCAACAACAGUGUCCCGGCCUCCCUGUGAUACACUCUCAGUCAGAGGGCGAAGGAAACAGAAGGGCAAAGUGCAACAAGCCAUAUAAGGACAAGGAUCCAAAAGGCAAGGACCCUUACACAUGGUUUUCCAAGCAAGCAGUGGCCGCAAGAGAAAGGGAGGCCAGGCUCAAUUACAUCCCUCCCCUCGACGAGUCUGUAAAGCAAGCCACCAAGGAGCUCUGCAGAUGGUUUGAUUCCCUGGGAGGAGAGAGAGAUAAAAUUGAUGAGGCCACCAUUAUAAACCUGUUUGACGUGGGUUACGAAGCCAACCGCCUGGUCUCUUUCCCAAUACAUGUUGUGGAGCUGAACGAUUUGCCAGCCGAUCUGAGGAGACACCUGGGGAUGCCACCCGCCCAGGAUCCUGUGAACAUCCCUGCCGUCCCACAAGGAAGCCGGUUGAAGGAAUCGUACCAACCCAAGUGGGAGAAGAUCAGGUACGGUGCCUGGUAUCUGGACCCAAAGACAUGGAAAAAACAGAAAGCCAACGAACCUUUAGAGGAUCCGCAACUGGAGGAUAUGAGCGUAAAGACUUCGAAGAAGAUAUUAGAUGAAAAGGAUGCUGAGAUCAUGCAUCUUCACGGAACCCAUGCUUUUAAGGAAUUCCUAGAAAGGAAAGGCUAUCGGAUCCCAGAGUUCCUGCAACAGAUGUUAGCUGUACAGAAUGCUCUAGGACCAAAAACCAGAGGGAAGGGCUCCAGGAAUAAAUUUCAGAGACACAAGGACCUCCAAGAAAACUCAUUGUCAAAAACUGCGAAUGAAUGAAUGUAAAACAUGGACUUCUUGAGGGCAAAGAGCACUUCCAGGAAAGAGAAGAGGGAAAUCCUAGAGAUGCUAAGUCAAGCCGGUCUAAUAAAGUUCUGCUUUUGGUUACUGUCAAGUAUUUGUAGUCCCUCAGUCAAGGGUGUCCAGUUGCUCAGCUAAAAACCCACUGGCCUGCAACAUUCAGCUUGAACCUUCCUCUUUGAUGCAGUCUUGCCACCUGAACCCCAUCUGUAGUAAUUUACUUUUAGCCCGCUGAGAAUUCAUGCUAUGGAAAUGAGGUCUGCUGGUACCAGUGCCUGCACGGCAGUUUAACGUUUAGCGGGAUCUAAAUGAGAGUAAGUAAAGCUGUACAUAAGUUGAUUGGUGAGCCUGCUGUGGAAAUUCAGUUGAUGUGUUAUGUUCAGACUUACCAUUUUCUAUUUGGAUCAAAUGUAGAGGAAACUUGUUCUGCCUAUUUGCAGCAGACGCCAGCUCUGAUUGGCUAGAACGAGUAGUAACAUCACUAAAAUACGUUCCAUUUCCUGAAACAGAUUUCCAGUUAUUCUAAACAUUCGUGUUUUAAAAAUAAGUGGAUGUGUGAUUUAAUAAACAUAGCAGAGAAUUUGAAAAUUUAAAAGGGGGCCAGCCCGUAUGAUGUAUUGGAACAAUCAAUUAAACUGACCUUUGGUUAAGAGAGCCAGUUUGGUAUAGUGGUUAAAAGCGGCAGGACUCUAAUCUGGAGAGCCAGGUUUGAUUCCCCACUCGUUCAUUUGAAGUCAGCCGGGUGACCUUGGGUCAGUCACAGCUCUCUCAGAGCUCUCUCAGCCCCACCCACCUCACAGGGUGAUUGUCCUGAGGUUAAUAAUAAUAACAACACACUUUGUAAACUGCUCUGAAUGGGCAUUAAGUUGUCCCGAAGGGUGGUAUAUAAAUUGAAUGUUGUUAUUGUUGAUGUUGUUACUACUCAGGUCUGCUAUUUGCAGGCAGAACAUGGGAGGAAGCCAUGCAUAUGCUACUAGGGAAAACGUAACACUGUUCCUGUUUGGGGGUUAUAUUGGUACACACCCUUAGAAUAAAAAAAUUAGAAAAAUACCCAACGCAGCCUGAUGGCAAAGGGAUGGGAAACUGCAGCUGUAUGAGAAAUCUGCUGUAACACUUGAGCGCCAGUGUGGUCUAGUGGUUAGAGUGUCAGACUAGGAUCUGAGAGACUCCAGUUUGAAUCUCCAGUUUGCUGUGGAAGCUUGCUGGGUGACCUUGGGCAGAUCACACCCUGUUAGUGGCAGCCUAACCUACCUUACAGGGCUGUUGUGAAGACAAAAAUGGAGGAGAAGAGAAUUGUGUACACCACUGUGGUCCCCCACUGGUGGGGGGAAGAUAGACAAUAAAUGAAGUAAAUAAAGAGGCUUUUGUUUUAGCCCAGCAGGGCUGCUGACUGGCCACUAGAAACCUGAUGGGCUGUGCAGAUUAAAAUCCUUUUACACAGAGCUUGUGCUUGAAAUGUUGAAGAUUUACUACGAUAGUUAUGCACAGGGCUUUUUUUCUGGGGAAAGAGGUGGUGGAACUCAGUGGGUUGCCCUCGGAGAAAAUGGUCACAUGGCCAGUGGCCCCGCCCUCUGAUCUCCAGACAGAGGGGAGUUUAGAUU